AUGAACGGUGGUCAAUGUUCGAAUGCAGGUACCUCAUUUGUGUGCCAUUGUCUUCCUAACUUUUACGGUCCUCGUUGUCAAUUUGAAGAUAAAUGUCGCUCAGUGACUUGCCUAAAUGGUGGCCGAUGUACUACAACUAACUUUGUUGAGAAAUGUAUUUGCCAACCUAGAUUUACUGGUCCACGUUGUGGAAUUCCUAUUAAUAUUAAUUCCUGUCAAUCUUCACCGUGUCAAAAUGGAGGAAGAUGCUAUCCAAAUGGAGUUCAAUUCACUUGUAUUUGCCCUGUUGGAUUCACAGGACUACGAUGUGAACAACCAUUUUGCUCAGCAAAUAUCUGUCAAAAUGGUGGAACAUGUCAGCUUGUAAACAAUCAAGUUUCUUGCAUAUGUCUCAAUGGAUUUCAAGGUGAUAGAUGCCAGGUGCCGAUUCAGUGUUAUCCACCAUGUCAAAAUGGAGGAAUUUGUAACACUAACACAAGAAUGUGCAACUGCCGUCAUGGAUUCGUUGGUCCAGAUUGUUCAAGAAGAGAUGAUUGCGCGUUAAAUCCAAAUAUCUGUCAAAAUGGUGGAAGAUGUCAGCUGGUAAACGAUCAUAUUUGUACCUGUCCUCCAGGAUGGACUGGACAGAUAUGUGAGAUUCCAAUAUAUCAAUGCACUCAUAAUCCUUGUCAAAAUAACGGCCACUGUAAGAAACUUGGACCAAAUGGAUUCAAAUGUAAUUGUGUUAAUGGAUGGUAUGGCAAGUUUUGUGAUAAAAGAACUUAUUGUCCGUCUCGCCCUUGUCUUAACGGAGGAACCUGCAUCCAAAAUGCCAACCUGAUACGUUGCCGAUGCCCACUUAACUUUACAGGAGAAUGUUGUGAAGUACCACUCUCCCAAGCAAUAGGCUUCAAAUGUCCUGAAACUUCAGGUCUUUUCCCUGAUCCACAAAGCUGCAGACGUUUUUAUCAUUGCGACUGGAAUAUUGCCUACAGAAAGGAUUGCCCUGGAAACUUGCACUUCAACAAAGUCUUGAAAGUGUGUGAUUGGCAAUACAGAGCCAACUGCAAUAUUAGAAAACGUCGCCUUUGCAAGGACAAGGGGACUAGUGAUAUACAUUAUAAAUACACUGUAUAUCUAAAAGCUCAUAAGACAAUUCUUAAUAAGGCAAUCAGCAUGCUUCAAUCAGCCGGUAGAUUCCUGCUCUGCGCUUUUCUUGCUACAAUAAUUUCUCCAAUUGUAGCCGACUAUGUAAUUGAUGUGAAGUUUAUCAAGUUUGAAAAUUACAACCGUUUACUGGCUAAUGGACGCAAAUGUUCCAAUUUCGGAAGUCAACAAUGUCAAACGACUCUUCAUGUUUGUGCUAGACCUGAUGAUACUUCGACAUUGUGUCGUUAUGGUGAGACUAAAACAGGAGUUAUCGGUGAUAAUGUCAUUGAUCUAAAUAAGGUAUUUAUCGGUAGAGCACGUAAUCCGAUCACGUACCUGAUUAGACAGCCGUUUCAGAAAUUCGUUGUUUCGUUUACUGCAAAAAGCAACAACGAAUUGAUAGCCGAUUACGUUUACCAAAGUGGUAGUCAUUUGCCUCAGAGAAGCGUCGAUGAAGCCAGGUAUGAACUGAUAACAACCCGUGGUAGUCAGAACCCUACUAGUCAACUGACAUACCAAAUUCGAAGUUAUUGCAGCCAAGGCUAUUAUGGUCCGAACUGUGCCAUCAGGUGUGAUAUUCCCACCAGCGAGCAAACGAGGUUUCAGUGUGAUGCUAACGGUCAAAAAGUCUGCAAGCCUGGUUUCUCUGGUCCAUUGUGUAAUAUUAAUGCUGAUCUAUGUCGCAGCUCUCCUUGUAAAAAUGGUGCGACCUGUGUCCCAAUGGGCUCUACGUUUAGAUGCAACUGUAAACAGGGAUACACAGGACAAUAUUGUAAUAAAGGGAUCGACGAAUGCGGUCUGACGACGACUCCUUGUUUAAAUGGUGGUAUUUGCGUUGACGGAAUUAAUGGCUAUUCCUGCAGAUGUGCAUAUGGUUAUACGGGACCCAAAUGCGAGACUGUUCUUUCAGCAUGUUUGUCAGCACCUUGUAUGAACGGUGGUCAAUGUUCGAAUGCAGGUACAUCAUUUGUGUGCCAAUGUCUUCCUAACUUUUACGGUCCUCGUUGUCAAAUUGAAGAUAAAUGUCGCUCAGUGACUUGCCUAAAUGGUGGCCGAUGUACUACAACUAACUUUGUUGCGAAAUGUAAUUGCCCAUCUGGAUUUACUGGUCCACGAUGUGAAAAUCCCAUUAAUUCCUGUCAAUCUUCACCGUGUCAAAAUGGUGGAACAUGCUAUCCAAAUGGAGUUCAAUUCACUUGUCGUUGCCCUGUUGGACUCAGAGGACUACGAUGUGAACAACCAUUUUGCUCAGCAAAUAUCUGUCAAAAUGGUGGAACAUGUCAGCUUGUAAACAAUCAAGUUUCUUGCAUAUGUCUCAAUGGAUUUCAAGGUAAUAGAUGCCAGGUGCCGAUUCAGUGUUAUCCACCAUGUCAAAAUGGAGGAAUUUGUAACACUAACACAAGAAUGUGCAACUGCCCUCAUGGAUUCGUUGGCCCAGAUUGUUCAAGAAGAGAUGAUUGCGCGUUAAAUCCAAAUAUCUGUCAAAAUGGUGGAACAUGUCAGCUUGUAAACAAUCAAGUUUCUUGCAUAUGUCUCAAUGGAUUUCAAGGUAAUAGAUGCCAGGUGCCGAUUCAGUGUUAUCCACCAUGUCAAAAUGGAGGAAUUUGUAACACUAACACAAGAAUGUGCAACUGCCCUCAUGGAUUCGUUGGUCCAGAUUGUUCAAGGAGAGAUGAUUGCGCGUUAAAUCCAAAUAUCUGUCAAAAUGGUGGAACAUGUCAGCUUGUAAACAAUCAAGUUUCUUGCAUAUGUCUCAAUGGAUUUCAAGGUAAUAGAUGCCAGGUGCCGAUUCAGUGUUAUCCACCAUGUCAAAAUGGAGGAAUUUGUAACACUAACACAAGAAUGUGCAACUGCCCUCAUGGAUUCGUUGGUCCAGAUUGUUCAAGAAGAGAUGAUUGCGCGUUAAAUCCAAAUAUCUGUCAAAAUGGUGGAACAUGUCAGCUUGUAAACAAUCAAGUUUCUUGCAUAUGUCUCAAUGGAUUUCAAGGUAAUAGAUGCCAGGUGCCGAUUCAGUGUUAUCCACCAUGUCAAAAUGGAGGAAUUUGUAAUACUAACACAAGAAUGUGCAACUGCCGUCAUGGAUUCGUUGGUCCAGAUUGUUCAAGAAGAGAUGAUUGCGCGUUAAAUCCAAAUAUCUGUCAAAAUGGUGGAACAUGUCAGCUUGUAAACAAUCAAGUUUCUUGCAUAUGUCUCAAUGGAUUUCAAGGUGAUAGAUGCCAGGUGCCGAUUCAGUGUUAUCCACCAUGUCAAAAUGGAGGAAUUUGUAACACUAACACAAGAAUGUGCAACUGCCGUCAUGGAUUCGUUGGUCCAGAUUGUUCAAGAAGAGAUGAUUGCGCGUUAAAUCCAAAUAUCUGUCAAAAUGGUGGAAGAUGUCAGCUGGUAAACGAUCAAAUCACUUGCGCAUGUAUAAAUGGCUUUUAUGGAGAUAGGUGCCAGUUCCCAAGUCUGUGCUCUCCAAAAUGUCAAAAUGGAGGAACUUGUAAUGUAAACACAAGAAUAUGCGACUGUCCUCCCGGAUUUGGUGGUCGAGAUUGUUCGAGAAGAGAUCCUUGUGCUUCAAAGCCAUGUUUGAAUAAUGGCCAAUGUAUUGUACAAAAUGAUUUUGACUACAUUUGUGCGUGUCGCCAAGGAUGGAGUGGUAAAAACUGUGGGAGUACCACUACGCCUUGUUCGAAUAACCCCUGUUUGAACGGUGGACAGUGCUAUCCUAUGGGCAACAGCUUUACUUGUUAUUGUCCACAAGGCUGGACUGGACAGAGAUGCGGCAGUCAAACCAAUCCAUGCACUCCAAAUCCUUGCCAAAACAACGGCCAGUGUAGCAUGUUUGGACCAAAUGGAUUCACUUGCACUUGUGCUAGUGGAUGGUCUGGCAAGUUUUGUAACGAAAGUGGUUCAAUCUAUUGUCCGUCUCGCCAUUGUUCUAACGGAGGAACCUGCAUCCACACUGCCAACCAAUUACGUUGCCGAUGUCCAUUUGGCUUUAAAGGAAUCUACUGUGAAGUACCAGACCGCCAAGCAAGCUUCAACUGUUCUGAACCUACAGGUCUUUUCCCUGACCCACAAAGCUGUAGACAUUUUUAUCAGUGUGACUGGAAUAUUGCCCAGAAAAAGGAUUGCCCUGGAAACUUGCACUUCAACAAUGUCAAGAAAGUGUGUGAUUGGCCAUACAUUGCCAAAUGCAAUAUCGGACAAUAAACAAGCAAACAGAAUUUCCAUUAUUCUAACUAUUUUCCCUGCAAUAUGAGAACAUGAAGAAUCCAUUCCACCAUAUGGAAAUGUUAGUUUCAUUUUGCGCAUAUAUUAAUGAAUAUUCAUUUUCUACAGCAAUUAUUUUCUCUAUACACACACGUGCGCGAGCAUGUACACACACAUGCACACACACACACACACACACACGUGUGUGUGUGUGUGUGCGUGUUAAUAUUUCUGUCUAAUUCAAAUGCAUUAUCCUGUGAUUAUAGAAUAAAAUAACGUAUGCAUAAUUCUUUGUCAUAAUUCUUCUUGAAGCAUUUGCAACCAAAUCUAUGUACGACAUAUUCAACAAAUAAAACAACAGAACCUAUUUUAGAUUAGAUUAAUUAAUAUUGCUCUGAAAAUGAAAUAAACAAAUUACUAAGCUAA